AUGGAUGGUGUCUUGGCUCCUUUAUAUACGCCACUCCCUCACCUUCCUCCGAACCACACCAAACCUCACAGUGCAAACCCUUCCACUUCCACUUCAGCUGUUCCGCAUAUUAACAAGGAUAGUAGAGCAAAAUUUCCGACGCAGAGAACGGAUUCGGAGAUGGCGUCGACGAGGAGAGGGACGAUAAACGGUGGGGAUUUGUCGAGGAGGUUAGUCUAUGGGCGGCCGAUACCGAAGAGAGGUCAGGUGAAGGUGGCGAUUGUGUUGGGUUUGGCUCACUCUUUAGCGUCGAUUUUCUCUUUUGGUUCUCGCUCCCAAUCAUGCCGCCGAACUCAGCUCUCAUGACCUCAAAAAGAGAGAGAGAGAGAGAGAGAGAGAGAGAGAGGAAUCCAAUUUUGGGGAUUUUGAGAGAGAUGAGAGAUGGAGGAGGGUUUGGUUGCUGCUUUGGAUUGAUUUCGCGUUCGUUGUGUAAAUUGGUCUGAUUGAUUAAUUCCACUUGUAUAGUAAUUUUGCUCGGAAAAUAAUAAACAAUUCUCUUUUCUUUCUUGUGAUUACUUAUUCAGUGAUCAAUUAAAUCAUUAAAUUAAAG